AUGGCGAGCCGCAAGAUCCGCGUGGCCAUCCUAGACGAUUACCAGGGUAUCGCUGCCCAGAAGUUGGCUCACCUGAGCACCAAAAUCGAGGUGGCCAGCUUCCCAGACACGCUCCCUCCUACGGCUGACGAGAAGCAGCUUGUUGAGCGUCUGCUGCCGUUCGAUGUCAUUUCUACCAUGCGCGAGCGCACGGCACUACCGGGCACCGUAAUCAGGGCGCUCAGCAACCUCAAGCUCGUGCUGACUACGGGCAUGAAGAACACGGCCAUUGACAUGGCAGUCUGCGCGGAACGCGGUAUCCCUGUUCUCGGAGCCAAGGGCCUGGGAAGCUCGGCUGUCGCCAACUCCAAGCCCCCGACGUCGCUCGACUCGACACUCCAGCACACUUGGGCCCUGAUUCUCGGUAGUGCCAGGAACAUUGCCCGAGACGAUGCCCUGAUGAAGACGGGCAACGGCUGGGAGACAUCGUUCGCUUCGGGACUCACGGGCAAGACACUGGGCGUCAUUGGCCUAGGAAAGCUGGGCGCCGACGUCGCCAAGGUGGCCGUCCUGGCCUUUGGCAUGAAGGUGCUUGCGUGGUCGAGCAGUCUGACGCAGGAGACGGCAGACAGCAAGGCUCGUGACUUCGGCCUCGCUGCUGGCACGUUCCAGGUGGCCUUGAGCAAGGAGCAUCUACUCAGGGAUGCCGACGUGGUUAGCAUCCACUACGUGCUGUCCGAUCGUAGUCGCGGCAUGCUGGGGUCUCCAGAGUUGCAGCUCAUGAAGCCCACGGCACUCCUCGUCAACACGUCUCGUGGUCCCCUUAUCGACGAGCAGGCCCUGCUGGAGACCGUUAAGGCCGGCAAGAUCAGGGGGCUGGCACUUGAUGUAUACCACUCUGAGCCACUGCCAGCUGAUAGCGAAUGGCGGAGGAUUCCAUGGGGGAAAGAUGGCCGCAGUGAGGUGCUUCUCAGCCCCCAUAUGGGGUACGUGGAGGAGGGUGUCAUGCACAGAUGGUACGAGGACUCGGUUACCAAUCUCAAGGCAUGGUUGGACGGAAAGGAUUUGGCAACCAAGUUGAACUAG